AUGACUUCCACCAGCCAGCCACAGCAGCUCUAUGCCAUCACUAUUUUCGGAUACAAGAAGGAAGGGAUGGAUGAGAAGGAGUAUCACAACUAUGUUAGCAAAAACCAUGCCGGCCAUCUCAAGGCUUUGCUUGCGAAGAAUGACAUUGUUUCCUACACUAUGCAACACAACAGUUCACAGGCACGGGCGUUGCUGGGGACCAUUCACCCCGGUCUUCCCACCGCGAAGGAGGCAGACUGUGACAUGGUCGUUCAGAUUGUCUUCAAGGAUAUCGAGCACUAUCUUGGGGUGCGCCAGGAUCCGCACUGGGUGAAUGUGGUGAAUCCGGAUCACGUAAACUUCGCUGAUGGCAAGAGGACAAAGUUUGUGACAGGCUGGUAUGAGGUCCACGUCGCAGACGGUCAUGUAGUCUCCCAAUAG